AUGGAGGCCAGUGUUGUGAAAGUCAAGACUUGCAGUGGUUCAACGGGAGCGAGCAACAGCAGCAUGUGGAGUGAAUUCUUCCUUAUGGGCCUCACGGAUGACCCUCAGCUCCAGCCCCAACUCUUUGUCCUCUUCUUCUUCAUCUACGCCUUCACGGUGGUGGGAAACCUGGGCCUGGUUGCCCUCAUAAUGGUUAGCCCGAAACUCCACACUCCCAUGUACUACUUCCUCAGAAACCUGUCCUUUCUUGACUUCUGUUAUUCUUCGGUCACAGUCCCCAAAAUGUUGAUGGGGUUCUUCUCUGAGUGCCAAAGCAUCUCCUUCUCUGGUUGUGUGAUGCAGAAUUCUUUCUUUCUUAUAUUUGGAGUCACUGAGUUCUUCAUCCUGGCCUCCAUGGCCUAUGACCGCUAUGUGGCUGUCUGCAACCCUCUGCUCUACCACAUUACCAUGUCCCCAAGACUCUGCUUGAAGCUAGUGCUUGCCAGCUAUGCAGUGGGCCUGAUGAACACGGUGAUUCUCACGACCACAGUUUUUCAUCUGAUCUUCUGUAAGUCCCGUGUCAUCACCCACUACUUCUGUGAUAUUCUUCCCCUUUUAAAACUCUCUUGCUCUGACACACAGAUCGUGCAAUUUAUCAUCUUUGCCUGUGGUGGCUUUAAUGUGUCUGCAUCCUUGGCCGUCAUUCUGGUUUCCUACACAUAUGUCUUCCUGGCUAUUUUCAGAAUCCCCUCUGCCACAGGCAAACACAAAACAUUCUCCACGUGUGCUUCCCACCUGACUGCUGUCAGUCUGUACUAUGCAACCACAGUGUUCGUCUACUUGCGUCCAUCCACUGAGUACUCAGGAAGUAAGGGCAGUCUGGUUUCUGUCUUCUACACGGUGGUCAUCCCCAUGCUCAACCCAAUUAUCUACAGUCUCAGGAACAAAGAUCCCUUUACUGGAGAAGUGGUGGCGAGGGACCCCAAGGACAAAAGCUAUGCUCACUCCCUUUUGUCAGUUUCCAACUCAAGUGACCAGAUGAUGGAUGAAUUUGAGUCCUCUUUCUGA